AUGUUUGAGUCGAAAUCCGAAGUUGUGAAAAUUCCGCCGGGCACGUUUUGUAUCCAAGUUCCUGAAAUUAAAGAGCCAAUCACUUUUGGAAAGUUUUUAGGACCACUCGGAUUUCUUGUUCCAUUCACAGGACUUGAUUGCUCUGUUGUGGCUCUUUCCAAAGUUGAUCCUCGAUACAAACUUCGAGCGUGGAUUUCCCAGUUAUUCGCAUUGAUCCUUAUUGCGGUGAUUGUAUUCCGAUGUUACACAUUUUUCCAGCUGAAACUUUCUGUGAACUCGAUGAGUUUAGAAUGGGCUGAAAGUGGGAUGAUUGCAUUUAUGGGAGUUCAAUCUGUAGAGUGCGCUUAUUGUAUAUUCAGCUGGACGAGGCGAGAUUUCAUAUCUAGUCACCUGGAGAAACUAGAAGAAGUUAGACAACUCAGAAUCAAAGAUAAUGAGAAGCUAGAUAAUUAUUCUACGGCUCAUUUUAAAAUCCUGGGAUGGACCACAAUAUGGACAGUUAUUGUUAUGGCUCAUGCAGUAGCCUGUGCAGUUCAAGAGAAAGUGAUUUUGAGUGGCCAUACGAUAUAUCCUAUUCUAUUCUAUGAAAUUCUUUUUAUAACGCUACUGGUUUGCUUCCAUGUUUCAGUUUUUCUCAACUGCUUUUUUAUAGUCAAUUGUUCGAUUACUCGGGAAAUUGAAUAUUUCAAUUCAGAGUUGGCGGAAGCUCAAAAGAAGAAGAAUUUGGCAAAUUCGGAUUUGAUUUCAAGGUUUAGUAAUCGACAAUGCGAGUUAAUCGAUUGGGUUCGAAAUGCUAAUAAAAGUGUCGGUGGGUAUACAUGUACUACACCGAUUUCACUUUUCAACUCGUGUAUAAUGGCGGUCUACGUCUUCUUCUCGUUUCACGACAAUCUACCGUUCAUACAAGCCGUUAUUCUCAAUAUCAAUGUAUUUGCGACACUUUUCAUGACCUACUUCAGCUUGAAACCCGUUUGUAAUGUGCAAUUCCAAUUACAACACACUUCUCGAAUUUUGAUGAAAAGUCGAGAAUUCGAAAAAUCAAAUGAUUCGGAUGUAAUCAACACUUAUCAUGUCAUGAUUGAUAGAUCAUUGAGGCACACUGCUCGACUUCGAGUUCUCGGAGGAAUUCCAAUAUAUCCAACUACAUUUAACAUUGCAAUGUUCUUUAUUCCAAAUUUAGGAAUUUUACUGUCUUUUGUGAAGAAGUCACUUCAUUCAUAUGGGUUAGAAAUGCACCAUUAA